AUGGGAUAUGAGAAAGCACGAACUACACCAUAUAUCCACGCCAUGGUGUACCAUGUUCCAAAGUUCAUGCGUAUACACAAUGGAAUUAAAAAGUUCAUUGGCCAAGGUAAGGAUGGCACAAGAAAAAGUGCAGAGACGGAUUUUCAUAUUUUCGUUCGGGGGGGAUAAAUAUCUCGUGGGUGCUGCUGCUUGCUUUGGCCAGGGCGUGGUGGCAACGCCCGGAAAGGCCAAGGAAAAGGUUUAACAAAAUUUGCUUUCUAGGCCUGCAUGGCGAGAUCUGAGACCAUAAUAUUGGUAAUUUUACAAAUUUAGUAGUAAGAAUAAUCAAGUAUGAAACUAUCAAAUCAAAAUAUGUCAAAUCAAAAUAAAAUCCGUGCCUGAAAAAGUGUAUUUACUAAUAUAAAAUAAAACACUUCCAAAUAUUGCCUUUUAUAGGUGUUGAGAAACUUAACGAUGACUGCAGGCGAGUCCACUUGCAGCGAUCAAACAAGUGGGAUGCAGCUAAAGAUGUCCUUUUGGUUGGAAAACGCAUCGAACAUCUUGCAGAAUGUAAGAGAACACCAAGAAGCUACAAAAAGCAAAAUUCAAGUUACUUGGAAACAGGUAUUAAAGAUACACGUUCAAAGCGAGUGCGAAUUUCUUGUGAGGAAGUUGCUGAUUCCCAAGAGCCCUUAGAUAUCGAUGUGGAUACCCUCUCAGUUCAAGAGAUUAAAGAGUUGCUUAAAGUAAGGGGAGUCAAAACAAGAAUCAGGUGCCUUAAGAAAUUGAAAAAACAACUUAUUGAAUCUCUCCGAAAUAAGGAAAAUGAGGCACCAAACUCACAACAAUGA